AGAAACACAAGCUAACCCUUUUCUAACAGUAAUCUUCUUUUGUUAUCAUUGUAUUUUGAGUGCUGGAGUAUCACAAGUGUUUUUUCUCGUUGUCCUGCUAGCACGCACGCCAUUUGAGCCCUCCCUCCGAUUUCUCGCUGAGACCCCAUUUGCACAACCAGCGCUGGUCCACGGUGCGAAGCUCCCACGGUUUCUACCGAGUUCGUGAGUUAAAGGCCGUCGAAAGAGGUUUCUUCAGUUCCCUGUGCACUGCGUUUCUCCUCUCUUUCUGUUCUCCGCACCGCUUUAAGUGCUGCUUUCCCGUCGCCCCUGUCUACCCUCUCAACAGACCAACCGAACAGCAGCAUGAGCCGUUUUUGCUCUACUCCGCAGCCGUGGAAUGCGCUCGCCCUCGGCGCUCUUCUCCUCUGCUGUGUUAUCAGCCCUCACCUAGCGAUCGCCGCGGACGGCAGUACGGCGCCUGCACCCACGCCGGAGUCGGAAACGAUGAAGUUCCUGCAGGCCCUCGCGACGACGGUGCCGGAUAUGCGGAACAGCCAGGACGAGGACUACUGCGGAUGGAACUUCGUGCAGUGCAGUGCCGACAACACGGUGACGGUGAAGCUGACGGCGUCGCAGAUGACGCAGGUGUCGAGUAUGCCGGAUCUGCCCGGCGAUGUCGUCGGCUCUCUGGUGACGGUGACGUGGGCCGAGGGCCUCAGGCUCUACGACAAAUUAACCGGGACGUUGCCACCGAGCUGGGGACGGCUGACGCAGAUGCAGACGCUCGAGCUCGCGACCAACGCGCUAAACGGCACUCUGCCCGCGGAGUGGAGCACGAUGACGCAGACUACGGAGAUGAACCUGGCCGACAACCAACUGCUGGGCACUCUGCCCGCGGAAUGGAGCGCGAUGACGCAAGUUUCGCAGAUGAUGCUGCUGAACAACAGCUUCUGCGGCUGUGUGCCGACAGAGUGGACUGGUGUGUUGAGGCCCAUCGUGGACGACAACGUGAGCGGAGAUGCCUGUGCGACGACGAAUGCCUGUCACAAAGCGUCGAGCAGCAGUUCUGGCGAGCCAACAUGCUUUGUGGUAAAUUGCGUGCGGUGCGCACCGGGCAACAGCAUGAAAUGCAGCGUGUGCGACAGCAGUUACAUGCUGACGGAUGACUCUCAAUGCGCCCCUUACUGUGAUGCGGCGUACUGGCUGAGCCUGGGCAGCCCAAAUGGGUGGUUAAUGCUGGCACUGCUCUGCGCAUCUGUGCUGUGGAACCUGAUCUAG